AGGCAAAAAAAUUUCCCCUCUCGGCUCGGCUUUGGCAAAAUCGAAAACCUUUUCGCGUCGUCUGGCUCCGUCGUCAUCUUUCUGAAGAGCGUUUCUUUCGCACGGAUUUUCUGAGGUACAGAGUGUUAGAUUCCGGAUAAUUCCGUCGGCAUUUCGGUGUUUGAGCGUGGGGAAGUGAAAUAACGCUAAAAUCAGCGCCGAGGGAAUUGUACGAAUUACGUCGUCUCUCGAAGGGUACCGAAACGCUCUUGCAGUAGUGGCUGGUCUGGGCCGACAGUCAGUAGUAGCAGCAGCAGCAGAACGCGAACACAGGAAGAAGAAUAAAAAGUGCGUGUCCCGUUUUCUUGGGUAGUCCUCGUCAACACUGUUGGUUGACCGACCAAUCGCAGUUCCAGAACCGGAGUGUCGCGGGUUGCAACAUCAAUUGCGGGCGCGUAUCGAUUCGUCGCGAGAUUUUUUGGCAUUUUUCUUACGACUAAAGUUUUCUAUAUGAGUGGAUCCGACUCACUGCUCGAUUGUGUUUCUUCCCCUGAAUCCCGUUGAAGGACUUCCGGCAUGUCUGUGACAUCGCUGCUAUCCCGCAUCAAAGAGUUCGUGGUCGAAGGUCGGAAGCGAAAAAGCGAGGAACCGUCAGAAGCAUCAACAAUUUCCUUUGCCAAGUAUCGUCGAAUCACGGACGAUUUCCCCAAAUUCAUCUCGACGCCGUUGAGUAAUGAUUUUCAUUCCAAGUCAGAACCGAUCUCGGACAGAUUAAGGCUCCCGGUGUAUUCCAAGAAAAUCAUGUCCGAAGCGUCCAACAGCGGCGGCAACAAACAGAGCGCCUACUUCGGUGCCACCGGCAAGACGCGGCUCGAGUUUGCCGAUAUUGAAUUCUCCGACGACGAGGACGAAAUUGACUGGAUCAAUCGGCAGCAGCAGCAUCAGCAGAACCACCGAGGUCGGAUCAGCAAUGCCGGACUUGGCGCAGGUGGUGGUGGUGGUGGCGGUGGUAGCAGAGGCGGCGGUGGUGCCACUUCCCUUCGACACCCGCCACCGUUGACGAAAAUCAAGCCUUCCCUAGCACCAGUUCCGUCGCUGUUCCCAAUCAGGACGAAGCUGACCAAUGGUACUGCCGAUGGAUACGGCCGACCAUCCGAUACGUUCAAGAAACCGUUCGUAUUCAAGUCGCAGCAAGCUGCGACACAACCUCAGCAACAGUCGCACCAAGCGCCGCAAGCCAAGCGCAACUCGAUUAUUGCCCAGAGCUACAAUAUGACGGAGGUGAACAACUAUCGGGCACUGUUGAAGCGACUGCUGCCGAAUCUCUACUCGCCGGAAGAGCCACAGUCGGCCAGUGCUUCGCGGAAGAACUCCCUGCUCCUGUCGUCGGACGAUAUCAAUCUGUCCUCGUCGACGGCCAUCAAUCACAGCCUUGGGGCCGGCGAAGGAAAAGCUGGUCCAUCGACGAGCGGUUCGGCCGCUAUUCGUUCGAUUCCGGUCAUCGACUUGUCGCUGGAGGAAAGCGACGCCGAGGGACGGAAGAAGCGCACCAGCUUGUUUACCACCGUCGAUUUGACGCAGUACAGCUUGGCCGCCGAUGACGAAGCUGAAACAGCCCAAGUGGUGGACCCGGUGAAUACUUUACAAGAGAAGCUCCAAACUAAUAGCAAGUUCCGCGAAGAUAUCGUGGAUACGGUGCAGCGCAAAUAUGGCAGCACUUCCAGCCAGCGGAAGGACCUCAUCGCGCAGGAACGGGAAAAUGUGUGCUCUCCUGUUGCUCAGAAGACUGCGGCUACCUUUUCGCUGGCCAGCCUUUCAAACGGUUUCAUUAACUGGUUCUACAGCCGAAGAAAACCUCCUGAGAGCGGCGCGGGAAGUAGCACCACUAGUGCGGCGAAACCGGUCCGCCCAUCGCCGUCAUUUGUUGAACCACCACGAAGACAAACCUCUUGCAUUGAUUUCAGCUUGAAGGAGCUUAAGAAGAGCACCCAAGAGUAUGAGACCCCGUUCGAGCGGAAGCUGGGCGACUUUAUGCUCAAGUUUGACACCAUCGUCCUGGACGAGGAGGAAUCGGAAGAGGAGGAGGAAGCCUACCCGGAGCUGACCGAUGAGCACCAGGGCGCGAUCAAGCGGGCCCUCUACGGCGGGUCGCGUUCGGAGGUCAUCAUCAACAAGUUUAACAUCAGCAUUACCCGUAACGAUCUGGCCACGCUGAUCGGGGACAACUGGCUGAACGACGAGGUCAUCAACUUCUACAUGAACCUACUGAUGGAGCGCAGCGAGCAGCGCGCCGACGACGGUCUUCCCCGGGUGUACGCCAUGAAUACGUUCUUCAUCCCGAAGCUGCUCUCGGCUGGCCAUGCCGGCCUGAAACGGUGGACGCGCAAGGUGGACAUCUUCACGUACGACAUCAUUCCGGUGCCGGUUCACGUGGGCCGGGUGCAUUGGUGCAUGGCCAUCAUCGAUCUGCGGAACCAAGUGAUCCGCUACUACGACUCGAUGGGCACGCCCAACAAUGCGGUCCUCAAUGCGCUGGAGCAGUACCUUCGGGACGAGUCGCUGGACAAGCGGAAACAACCCUUUGACACGAGCGGUUUCGUGAAGGAAAACAUGCGCGAGUGCCCACGGCAGAUGAACGGCAGCGAUUGUGGCGUGUUCAGCUGCAUGUUUGCCGAGCACGAGGCGCGGAACCGGGACAUAGGGUUUACUCAGGCGCACAUGCCCUACUUCCGGCAGAAAAUGGUUUACGAAAUUUCUCAAGGCCGACUAAUUACCUAAGGAGCGGAAGUGACGUGUUGGGCGUAUGCGUGUGUGUGCGAGUGGCAGUCGUGGACUACUUCGAUUCGUUUGUAGAAUAAUGCAAAACAAAGAAUUAUUGCCGGUAAUGAAUCAAAUUGAAGAGUGUAGUUCGUAAGAUUUAAUUUAUAGUAGUUUUCCAAAAAAGAACAUAAAAUCAAUUUUGUUUUAGAAAAACAUUUACUGAGAAAAAAAUAUUGUUUGAGAACAGUGAAAAAAUCGGAUUUUUGUUUGUGCCGCACUUCUCAUCAGGUUUUCCUAUGGAACAUAGUUUCCUCUUUGUAGAAGGUUCCGAGAAAUGAAACAUUUUUUGAAAUAUUUUCGAUAUUUAAAUUGUGAUUUUUGUUUUCACACGCGAAUUACGUAUUCAAGGGGGGAGGUAGGGGAUUGAUUCGACUCGAGAGCAGGUACUUCAACAAUCGUACAUCGAGUUGAGAACUGGAAUUGGAAGCGACAUGCGGUGAACAUCAAACUGUGCUAGCCCAUUGCGGAACUAUUAGGAAACGAAAGAACGAAACAGUAGCGUGACGAAAUACAUGUAUAUUUGAAAGUAAUUUCAACAAAUUUAAAA